AUGCCAGCGCGCAGGCGUCCCCCCGCGGGGUCGCGAUCUGAUCUUCCGCCAUUGAAAAUCAUACGCAAGAUUCUCUUGCUCCAGGCUACCUACUAUGUCUGCGCAUUCGUCCUCAUUCUGUUCACAACGAUUAUAUACGGCACGCCCUUCUCGCUGAACCUUGUAUUUGGGUGGGACUAUCUUCGAGGCGAUACCACCAUUGGGUGGAUGCUGGGACUGGUUUGGAUAUUGAAUGGCAUUAUCAGUGUCAUUUUUCUCCUGCUGUUUGUCUCCCGAUCGAAACUGGUUCCGGACUUCGCUUGCACAAUCCAUUUCCUUCACCUGAUUGCUACGGUCGUGUACACUCGCUCGAUCCCGUCCAACCUACUGUGGUGGGGGCUCCAAUUCGCCAGUGCAGGGAUCAUGACUUUCCUGGGGAUGUGGGCGUGUCAACACCGCGAACUUCAGCCCAUCAGCUUCGGAGGGUUUGCCAGCCUGGGGGGUGGCAAUCAGGCCACGACAUCCGAGCCAUCCUCGAGUGAUGGUCACCUGGAAGCCGGGUUUGGCCGUGGUCGAGGCCGCGAACGCAGUCUUCAAAGCGGAUUUGAUGAGUACGAGAUGCAGGGCAUGAAGCCCGAUGAGCGAACAUUCUGA